AUGUCUACCUAUCCUCUUCAGCAGACUUGUCUAGGGGUUAUUUACGGUACGCCUUUGUUGGCAGCCUUGUUCGUCAUCUUACGAGUAUACACACGUCGAAAGCUGAAUCUAAGACUGAGUUGGGACGACUGGUUGGUCAUUGCGGCAUUGAUAUUAUCCAUUGCUCUCAUAGGACCUUCACAUAAACAUGUUAAGAUGUGGCAUGUCGGUAUACAUAUUUGGGAUAUACCCCCUCGAGAGAUUGAACCUGACUAUGACGAAUACCACAUCGUCGCUAUAGCAGAGAAUCUUCUCAUCAUCCCCAUUCUACCACUAGUGAAGGCAUCCAUCAUAUGCCUCCUCAUGAGAGCUGGCUCAGUCAUCCCGUGGUUGAAGAAGAUUCUCUACGCCAUGUUGAUCUUCACCGUCGGCAGCUCAUUGAUCCCAUGGUUUCUCUACAUUUUCAUUUGCCCACCGCAAACUGGGAAUACGUGGAAGCCCAGAACGUUCGGAAACUUGGGUUGUAUGGACCGGCAUAUGACGGGCCACAUGCUCAUAUGGGUGACCUGCGCCAACCUCGUUACUGAUCUUCUCAUCUUCCCAAUCCCCUUCAUAAUUGUCAGGAGGAUGAUGAGUGCCCGCUGGCGAUCACAGCUACUCGUACUAUCGGUCUUUACCUGUAGUCUAGCCGUUACCGGGAUUGGCGCCGCGAAAAUCUACCUUACCUACCGCGACCGACUAUACUCAGUCUACAAGCCAGAUUGGACCUAUCCGAUCGAUUACUGCAUCAACCACAUUGAGAGCAACGUCGCCAUCAUCGUGGCCAACAUACCCAUUCUGCGAGGCCUCGUCACGCGUUGGACUCUCAACUUCCGACCGAAGAGUAGUCCAAUGCAACGCGUCAUUCGAAGCGAUCGGCACUGGAAGGGAGCUUCCCACGUGUCUAGCGUCAGCCAGCCAGGAAAACGGCGAAGCAUGGUCAAGAAAAUCUUUCCAUGGGUGCGACAUGACUUUUCCUCGAGCCUCGCGACGCGCUCAGGUGGUACAGGAGCUGAGCAUAGUCCCAACAAGCCUAAAGUACUGGCAGGUACUAUAACCGCAGAGACACGGAUCAAUUGGGCGUAUAAUCCUAUCAAGGCACAGAAAGAUAAUGCGGACCAGUACGAAAUGGCUUCUUCGUGCGAAAAGGGCGACGGAUGCGAGACAAUACGUAACGCGACGAGUAUAGGCUCUGCGUCUACUUUGACGGGAAGUCGAGUGGUGAGUUGGAAGAACCUGGACAGUCCGCCUGUGAGCCCGAAGAUCCCGUGUCCUGUCCGGUUACGCGGGAGAGAAAUUGACGACGACGAUGAUGAGAUGUGUUUGAACCCUUGA